AUUUAAUUAGGUCGUUUUGGGUUUCACUUGAGACUUUAGGUGUUCGUAAUUGCUUUUAAAUAGUAUCACGCGUGUUUACGAACCCAGUAAAUUUCGAAUCUUGCGGUAAUUUAGGCAAGCCGAAUGUGGAAUUUAAGCGUUCUUUCAGAAAAUAGUGUAAAUUUAGUGGCUUUUUGAAGCCAUUUUCGGUUAUGAAUAAUGGGCCGACACUCGGCCGCCAUGUCUACUGGACGAAUCCCUACUAUUUUUUAAUUUUACAAAACCGUUUAGAAAAUGGCGCUAAUAGGGUGAUGUAGCCAAUCGACUUUGUUUACUUAACCCAAUCACGUGCGUAUGAAGGCCGCCUAUCAAAACCCACCGGAUUAUAAGAACACGACGCAUCCAAUAACCAAGGGCUCACAAAAUAUAGAACGCCAAAUGCAUUACAAAUCUAUUGACUUGAAAAUAAUAAGAACACUUAGAAUAAAGAGCUCUCUAAUGAAAACAUCCUAUAUAUAAACUACCAAGUUCCGCUUUGAGACUCCUUUGGUGUUUUAUGACUCUACCAAUUUAUACUGUUCAGGUAGAAAGCUAGUUUAAAUGCAGCCGAUAUACAUAAAAAAGUUCAUUGUCCGAUCAAUCCCAUAUACAAAAAAGGUAGCAGCCUGAGGAAAAUUUAGAGGAACUUCCACUGUAUUUCUCCACUUCUGCAGUGUGCAUCCUUUCAAGGAAGAAUACCUUUUGUCACCGUAGGGAAGAAACAUCAUACUAGUAGCGAGGUUGAGAUGCGAAAACGAAGAGGGAGGACAGGAGAAGUGGAGAGAAGAGGAUAAAAUGCAGAUUAUCAGGUGAGAAAGAGGAAAAUAUUGACGAUCUGAUAUGGGAAUGUAAAAUGGUAGAAAAAACAAGGGAAAGCAGGAAAGAAAUGGAUAGUUUGAGAAUAGAAGAAUUCCACACUGUUUUAGUGGGGAAUACCAGUGCCAUUUAAAAAAAAUUAGUGUACGGUGGUGGACCAAAUAAUGCCAUAAGUAUAUGACUCGAAACCUAAAUUGAAAGAUGACGAGAAGUUUAUUGAGUACUCGUUUGUAUUAUUUAAAUUUGAUGGUAAUUUAACGAUAUCCGAGUAAUAAUAAUAAAAGCGCGAUCAGCCUUUAUUGAAGAAUUAUUGUUUAAUUGACAGAAUUUGCAUUCGAUUUAAAAGAGGUUUUGCGCUUUAAUCACGCAAAAUCGAAAUGUAUCCGUGGAUGACAAAGCAUCUUCUUCUGGUGACAGUGAUAGUUGGUGUAAGGGCACUAGAACUGCCAACCGACUUCCAAAAAUGCUCACGCGUCGACCCUCAAUUGAACGACUGCUUAAUAUCGGCGAUUCAGCUAGCGCUGCCUAUUCUCGUAAGGGGUUUACCAGAAUUUGGUAUCGAAACUAUUGAACCUGUCAAAGUGCCGAAUAUGAAAAUUGAUUCGGACGAAGGAUCCGUUCACGUUGUGCAGAACUACAGAAAUGUGCGGUUCCAGCACCUAAGUAAAAUGAAGAUCGAAGAUGUAAGGGCAAAAAUAACCGACGACUUGUUCCUGGUUGACGUAAAAGUGGCGUUAAAGGAAACUACAUUCCAGGCUGAUUACAGCUUGAACGGAAAAGUACUCAUAAUACCGAUCUACGGCGCCGGAAACUGUACCUUCACGUUAAAGAAUACCUCCAUCGAUUUGCACUUGGAGGGCGAAUUCAGCCACAGGGAUGGUACGAAGUACGUCACGGUGGAAAGGGCUAAGGUUAACAUCGAUCCGGCAAAGGUGGAGAUUAACUUCAAUAACCUUUUUAACGGCGACCAAAGGCUUGGAGCGAGCGUAAAUGGGGUGCUCAACGAAAAUUGGCAGGAACUGUUUAAAGACGUUAAGCCACACUACGAGGAAUCCCUGGAGACGGUUUUUAAAAGCUUCGCCAAUCUUAUACUGGAAAAGGUUCCUUAUGACGAGUUGUUUUGAAAAUUUCGCAUUUGCAUCAUUACUAAGGACAUAGACUAAUAAAUAAAUGCAACUGGACUAGA